CUUCGGGUUCUGUCACGGUGUUGGCGGUGCCCAGCUCACCGGCCCCCCUCCCCCUUCCGGCGAGCGCGGUCGCCAAAGAGGCUUUCUCAACCCUGCUCUGCGGGGUCCACAGCAGGGUGCGGGUGUCCGGCGGCGGCGGCGAGCCCGUGGGCAGUGGGGGUUGGUCCCGCGGCUCCGGCCCCCGGUGCAGAAUGGCGGCGGCGGUUCGGAUGAACAUCCAGAUGCUGCUAGAGGCGGCCGACUACCUGGAGCGGCGGGAGAGAGAAGCUGAACAUGGUUAUGCCUCCAUGUUACCAUACAAUAACAAGGACAGAGAUGCCUUAAAACGGAGGAACAAAUCCAAGAAGAAUAACAGCAGUAGCAGAUCAACUCACAAUGAAAUGGAGAAGAAUAGGCGGGCCCAUCUUCGCUUGUGCCUGGAGAAGUUGAAGGGGCUAGUGCCGCUUGGACCUGAAUCGAACCGACACACUACGUUGAGUUUAUUGACAAAAGCCAAAUUGCACAUAAAGAAACUUGAAGAUUGUGACAGAAAAGCCAUUCACCAAAUAGACCAGCUUCAGCGAGAACAGCGACACCUGAAGCGGCAGCUGGAGAAGCUGGGCAUCGAGAGGAUACGGAUGGACAGCAUCGGCUCCACUGUCUCCUCUGAGCGCUCAGACUCCGACAGGGAAGAAAUCGACGUGGACGUUGAAAGCACAGACUAUCUCACGGGGGACCUGGACUGGAGCAGCAGCAGCGUGAGCGAUUCCGACGAGCGGGGAAGCAUGCAGAGCCUCGGCAGUGACGAGGGCUACUCCAGCUCCAGCAUGAAGAGGAUAAAGCUCCAGGACAAUCACAAGACGUGUCUGGGCCUCUAAGACAGCGUGGUCUCCUCGGCUGCCUCCCGAUGGUUCUCUCGGCGGACGGGCUUAGGUAGUGUAUUGGACCCGCCCACAGCCCCCCUGCACGUAAGCUUCCGUGUACCACCUCUACCAAACUCAGCUUUGUAAACGUUCUCGCGGAAGUGCUUAGGAUUGUGGGUUUCUGAUUGCAUCCACUAGCUUCUCUCUCUGUCCCUAAAAAUUCAUCCGAGAGACUGUACAUUCCAAUCAAUUUGAAGCACCCAAGAAUUCUUAGACCGAAUAAGCAACUUUCACAUCUCAGCAGUUUCCCCCUCUUCCUUACCAUCCCCGUGUAGUCUAGCAAACCUUUCUUAGAGUUUUCUGGCUAUGUUACUCACCUAGCAGAAAUGUCCGAAUGUGUCUUGUGCUUAGGAACCUGAAGGAAACAAACUUUUAAAGUCGAGAUCCUGAUCUCAGAACUCCAAAGCAAGCUUUGAAAGCGGCGUUUAAGAGCACUUAACUGUGGACCUCACCCCCCGUGAGGAGUCAGGAAUACCUCCAGAAAACACCCCCUCACACACACCCUGCGCUGCUUCCCCGACCCGCGACCCGCGUGUGGAUGGGAGCAGUACUUCUCACUUUAGAAUGGACAUCUUGAUGGCAGGUCUCUGGGGCUGCACAGCUUUAUCAGAGCUCCAGUGGCGCUCGCUCCCACCCACCAGACGGUACAAUCUCUGCGAUGUGCUCUGGGCCGCGCCGUCCACUGCUGUCCCAAGACCCGUUUUCCCCUCCAAGUUUGUUAUGCUACUUGUCUCUGGAACAUUUUUUUUUCCUACCUCAGAGAUAAAUGAGAUCUCCAUUUCCCACUUAACACAAAGCGAUUAUGCCUUUUUUUCACCCCCAAAUAAGUGACACUUGGUCCAACUCUAAUCUAUUUUCCUAUCUAACUUUCAGCAAUAACUGAGCUUUGGCACUAGCUGAGCUAGUGUCCAUCAUCAGUGAAAGGAAAAGUCCACAUUUCUACUCUGUUGCAGGUGAACAGGAGGGGAGGGUACAGUGUUAUUAGAAUUCCUCUCCUUAUUUUUGGAUACGCCCAGAAUCUUCUUAAUGGAGGCUUUUGGGUUGCUAGUUUAAAAGGCUGAUCUUUCUUUUUGGUUAUGAUUUCCCCCUUAAGUGGUCUCCCACUUUGUAGCAUUUUUAUUUAAGCUAAAACAGAGCACAUGUAUAUGUACAUAAGACACAUUAAAUCUAUAAAUACUAUUUAUUCAUUUUAUAUAAACUAAUGUAAUGGAAAACAAAUUCUUAAGACUUUGUGCUUUUAUAGAUGUUCUAGAAACUUUGUAUGUAGGUAUCUACAAAAUUGGUUCGUUCCCCUUAAUAUUUUUGCAUUCAUAUUUUUGACGUCGAGGUUUUCCACCUCUGACGAGUCUUUUUCAUUGAAUUUGAACCAUUUGUAAACCCUGUGACGCUGAAACAGAUUGUGUGUCACAAAGUGACGAGAACAUUCCUAAAAUCCACAGACGCACUGCAACCUAAGGGCUCCAAGGCUGCACCAGCCGGCGGAGGGGUGGGGGGGGCGGGCAGCCGCCCAGCGCUCCCCGCCGCCUGCGGUCUCUGGCCCCCUCCCAGCCUCACCAUGCCUCCAGCGCCUCCGCCUUCCACACAACUCAGAGUUCAAACGUGCUCCACAAGGAAGCUCAUUCUGCACGUGAAGAGCGGGCCAAACAAAGAUUACUUUUGUUUUUUCAUUUUAAUGAUUCUCUAUUAAAAAAAUUUUAAUCGGA